AUGGAUCAUAGUUCUCGCCACAGUCGGUCAACCGACUCGGAUCGGGGCCAUUCAGUCGACCUACGAAAACCACCCACGCAGCGAGACACCGACCCUGAGGCCUUGACUCGACUGGAGACCUCGCAAUCACAGAUGUCACCCCCAAAAUCCUUGACCCGGGAGAUUCUGUUCGUUAGCGUGGUAUGCAUGGCCCAAUUCAUGACCCAAGCAGGUCUUAAUAUGUCCAUUGCUCCCGUGCAUAUCAUCGGUCGUAGCUUUGGAACAUCCAACCCAGCCGAACUGAGUUGGUUUGCUGCCUCAUACAGUUUGACCGUUGGGACCUUCAUCCUAGUCGCAGGCCGACUAGGGGAUGUCUAUGGCCACCGUCGUCUAUUUGUGAUCGGCUUCUGCUGGUUUAGUCUAUGGUCCCUGCUCGCAGGGUUCAGUGUUUGGUCGAAUAAGAUCUUCUUCGACUGCUGUCGUGCUCUGCAAGGAAUCGGACCAGCAAUGUUGCUUCCCAAUGCUAUUGCCAUCUUGGGCCGAACCUAUCCACCGGGAUUUCGCAAAGAAAUGAUCUUUAGCCUUUUCGGCGCAACUGCUCCGGGAGGGUUCAUAGUUGGUGGUGUAUUUUCGUCCAUCUUCGCUCAGCUCGUCUGGUGGCCUUGGGGAUAUUGGGUAAUGGGGAUGGUCUGCGCUGUACUAGCAUUGGCUGGAUGGUUGAUAAUUCCUCAUACUCCCCGGCCUAGAUUCGACGAUGAUAUCCCUUUCUGGGAGCGACUGGAUCUACUCGGAGCGGCCACCGGAAUUUCUGGCCUUGUGCUCAUCAACUUUGCCUGGAAUCAGGCUGCACUCGUCGGUUGGAAGAAUCCCUAUACCUACGUGCUUCUUAUCGUGGGUUUUAUCAGCCUCGGUAUAUUCGCAUACAUCGAGCGUCAAGCAGUAUGCCCGUUGUUACCACGAUCGGUCUUUACUGGCGACCUGGCAUGGGUCCUUGGGUGUAUCGCGGCAGGAUGGUCCAGUUUUGGAAUCAUCAUUUACUACUUCUACCAGUUUAUGGAGGUCAUCAAAGGAAAUUCGCCAUUGUUAGCAACCGCUAAAUGGUCAGCAGCUGCCCCUUCGGGUGCUAUUGCAGCCCUCGUCACUGGGUUCCUGCUAGGUCGCUGGCCACCCAGCGUCAUCAUGUUCUGCGCCAUGGGCUUCUUCACAGCCGGUCUAUGCAUCUUUGCCACUGUGCCAGUGGAGCAAACAUACUGGGCACAGGCCUUUGUCGUCAGCCUGAUUACCUCCUGGGGAAUGGAUAUGUCCUUCCCCUCUGGAACACUCAUCCUCAGCAAUGCGAUGCAUCGCCACCAUCAAGGGUUGGCUGCAUCCCUCGUGGCCACCACUAUCAACUACUCGAUCUCGUUGGGUCUCGGAUUUGCAGGCACCGUGGAGUCCCAUGUCAAUGACGCGGGUCGCAAUGUUCUACGUGGAUAUCGCGGCGCCCUGUACAUGGGAAUCGGCUUAGCUGGAUUAGGGUUGCUCGUUUCUAUCUGCUUUAUGUGGGCAAGCUGGAGGCGAUACUAUGCGGCUAAGAAGAGCUAA